AUGGCGAUGUGCACGCAGGUGAGAUUGGUGAUGGCACAGAUUGGCGAAGCGGCGGCGGCAGGUGCGGCGGCGGACAUGAGUGACCCUGCUCGGCACGUUCAUCAACGACCUGGGCUGCCGCGCCGUGAUGGGCAAGUCCUUCCGGAGCGAGGGCCGGAACAAGCUGCUCCGGGAGCUUGUCGGCGACACCUCGCCGCUGCUGGCCGGUUUCAACGUCGAGGAGUUCUUCCCGUUCUUGGCUCGAUUCGGCGUGCUCAGCAAGAUGGUUCGCGCGAAAUCGGAGAGGUUGAAGCGGAGUGGGACCAUCUGCUGGACAGGCUGAUCCAGGACCACGAGAGAAACAGCGAUCCGAGAGACAAAGAUGCUGAUUUCACUCAUGUUUUGCUGUCCGUUCGACGUGAGUACGGCCUCAGCAGAGAGCAGAUGAAAGGAAUCCUGAUUGAUGUAUUUUUUGGAGGAACAGGGACAUCGUCUUCGGUGCUGGACUUCACCAUGUCAGUGCUCAUGCGGAGGCCGCAUAUGAUGAAGAAACUUCAAGCUGAAGUGGACAGCAGCAUCCCUGAGGGACAAGAAGCUGUCAGCGAAGCUGAUCUAACCAACAUGACCUAUCUGAGAGCUGUGGUAAAAGAGUCGCUCCGGUUACACCCCGUGGCGCCUCUCCUCCCGCAUUUCUCCAUGGCUCGCUGCAGCGUCGACGGCUACACCAUCCCGGCUGGGGUACGGGUCCUGAUUAACUCCCUGGCCAUCGGCAGGGACGCACGCUACUGGGAGGGCGCCGAGGAGUUCAUCCCGGAGAGGUUCAUCGGGCACGGCAGCGCCGCGCAUGUUAGCUUCAAGGGGAACGAUUUCCAGUUCCUGCCUUUUGGGUCCGGACGAAGGAUGUGUGCUGGAGUGAACUUCGGGAUAGCCAGCGUAGAGCUGAUGCUGGCUAACCUCGUGCACCGUUUUGACUGGGAGCUGCCGGUGGGGAAGAAGAGAUGUGACAUCGAUAUGUCGGAAGUGUUUGGGCUAGUAGUGAACAGGAAAAGCAAACUUGUCUUAGUUCCAAAAUUACGCGUAUAG